UCCUCUGAUAGCUUCUAAGGUUGGAAACCAUCACCAUCUCGCUUUGCGGUUCAAGAAAGCCUGUCGCCGGACUCCUCUGUACCUACCACUUAGAUAUCCAUACACUAUAUGCGGAGAGGAUGUGCGGUGACCAUACCCGACAGUCCUGUGGCGGCGCCCUUGCCGUACUCAGUCCUCCACUAAGGAGCACCCGCUUUAUGCCACCAGACAUGACCGGUCGGCUCACUUUCCAUGACUGUGGAAAAGGAAGUUCAGUCGCUACUCACGUCACGUUUACGCCGGACGAGAAUGGUACAAGCAACAGCGUCGUCGGGUUAGACUCCUGCGUUGUAGCCAUUCACCAGACGGGUGAUUUAACCAAGUCCGCCAUUAUCAGUCCAUUCCUAUACAAGUUCAGCAUGACACAAGGCCUCCCGACACAACAAGAUGAUCGACAAGAAGGUUCGAUAGAAGUGCCUCUUAGCCAUCCGAUGAAGAUCGAGGUCGGUGGUGAUGGAAUUAUAGGUCGAAGGGUCACUUUGUGGUCUCAACACGCCGCGGAUCCCAUCGCCGAAGGGAUUAUAGGAUACAAUUGAGUCGGCCGACAUGAAGGAAAUACAUAAUAAUGACCAACUCCGGAAAUACGAGCAUCUGUAUUCAUCCAUUAUCAGCAGGACUGGGAUCAUGUUUUUGAGAAGAGGACAAGCGGGCGUUCAGGCUGUGUCAAAUUUGGUCAUGGAGGCGCGGAUCGGCUCGUAUCGCAUAUUCGAGCCUCCCUGGAGCCCUACCAUUCCUAUGUCUCUAACAGGGACGGAUUAAUGUAUUGCAUACCCCAUACAGAAAUGGGAUCUUACAGAGUUGAAUUCUUACACAUACAUUCCUAUUACGCUUCUUGGGACGAUAACAUAGGUGUCGUGAUUUUAGGAUUUAUGGGGAAGCAAUGUCAGGAAUUAUUGUAGGUAAGCAAGUCAUCAGCUGCGGGUGACAUUCAAUGCGAAUCAUUCAUCUAAAUGGGUGUAAUAGGUAAAUCAUACCGUCAAGAAUUUGGGAAAUCGGAGUUUAUGGAGGAUCUUGCGCCAGUAAUCAAAAUAUUGGUUGCCCGAGUCGUCGAUCACCAUGUGUAUCUGACUCAGUCAGUCAGUCAGCUCCGACAGCUCUAGGUUCUGCUAUUGAUUAAUAAGAACGCGACGUCGAUAUU